AUGGACGUUAACAGACGCCAUUUGUAUAAGGUGCUAAAUUCACCAACCAUGCGGUGGCACAUUAUCAUCCUCACCCUGUGGUCCUUUCUCUGUUCGAGUGACUGUUCGCCUACUGAUGGCCUCACUGACCUCGUCAAACGAAGGCUUCCCGAUCACGUCGACAAAUUCGCAUUCGACUUGACACCUGGAAAUCACACUCCUGGAGUAACGAACGAUAGGUACUCUGUCAGCUGUAACGAUGGUAAGGUAGCCAUUGAAGGCAACUCGAUUAGCGCUCUUGCUUCGGGGCUACGCCGUUACCUGACCGAUGUCGCCCACGUUGACAUCUACUGGUUCAUCGGCAGUCAACUAGACCAUGUGCACGACCUACCAAGCUGUACCGUUCUGAAUGGGUCGAGCGUGAUUCCAUGGAGAUAUCACUUCAAUACCGUGACGUUCUCUUACACCGCUGCUUUCUGGACCUGGGAGGAUUGGGAGACGCAGCUUGACUGGCUUGCUUUGAGAGGUGUAAACCUGCCCCUUGCCUGGGUGGGAUUUGAGAAGAUUUUGGUUGAGGUAUUCGAGGAGAUCGGUUUGUCUCAGGCAGAUAUUCUGGAGUUUCUUUCCGGUCCAGCUUUUCAGGCAUGGAAUCGUUUUGGCAACAUCCAGUCUUCCUGGGGUGGGCAAUUGCCGAUGUCGUGGAUCAACGGCCAAUUCGAGCUACAGAAGAAAAUACUGAAGAGAAUGGUCGAGCUGGGUAUGACUCCCGUACUUCCUGCAUUUACAGGUUUCGUGCCUCGAGUGCUGCCAGAGAUAAUUCACAACGCCACCAUGGUCAACAUAUCUCAAUGGGGUGGUUUCAGCACCGAAUAUACCAAUGACACUUUUCUCGAGCCGACUGACCCACUCUUCGCCCAACUUCAGAAGAGUUUCAUCACCAAGCAGCGACAAUAUUACGGCAACAUCUCCAGUGUCUACACCCUGGACCAAUUCAAUGAGAACGAUCCUAUUUCCGGGGACCUCACCGCGCUUAAGACCCUCGCAUCGCAAGUGGGUCAGAGCCUGAAGAAGGCGGACCCAGAUGCUGUUUGGAUGCUUCAGGGAUGGCUCUUUUUCAGCAACUCUGAUUUCUGGACAAACGAGCGCGUCGAAGCCUUCUUGAGCGGAGUGGAAAAUGACGACAUGCUCAUCCUGGACCUUUACUCCGAGACCCAACCUCAAUGGCAACGAUUGAACUCGUAUUAUGGCAAACCGUGGAUAUGGUGUCAAUUACACGACUUUGGUGGAAAUAAUGGGCUGUAUGGACAAGUUUUGAAUAUCACAAUCAAUCCGAUCGAAGCCCUUGCCAACUCUUCUUCCUUGGUCGGAUUCGGAUUGACGAUGGAAGGACAAGAAGGCAAUGAAAUCGUCUACGAUCUACUGCUUGACCAGGCGUGGUCAAAUGUUCCCAUAGACCCGGCAGCGUACUUUCACGACUGGGCGACAGUGCGUUAUUCGAAUGCGACCGAUGGAGACCUUCCCUUACAAAUCUACGAGACGUGGGAUACUCUCAUGCGCACGGUCUACAACAACACCAAUGUGACCGGCGUCAUGGCGGUUACCAAGUCCUCAUUUGAACUUGCUCCCAAUGCGUCAGGUCUGGUUGAUCUCUGGGGUCACCAUCCUACACACCUCAUGUACGAUCCGGCCAUCUUGGUCGGGGCGUGGCAAACAUUUCUAGCCGCUGCAAACUCGACGCCCGAGCUAUGGUCGAACGAAGCAUAUCAAUUCGACCUGAUCGACAUGACUCGUCAAGUCCUGGCCAAUGCGUUCAACCCCUUGUACCUGUCUUUCGUCGCGCACACCAACCUCACGGCCCUCGAUGUCUCUAAUGCGUCGGCCGUCGACGCUUGCCUUGCUUCCGCGACAGAGACUCAAAGAAUGAUGCUGUCUCUGCUGAGUACGCUGGACCAACUUCUCUGCCACACGCCCAGCACGGUUCCUGAGUCGUCAUUGGAAUCCUGGGUGUCGGCAGCUCGUGCGUGGGCAGGAGACAAUGACACCAUAUCUGAUUUCUACACGUACGAUGCCAUCAACCAAAUCACGCUGUGGGGACCGACUGGCGAGAUCGCAGACUAUGCCUCGCGACAAUGGGCGGGGUUGGUAGCCGGGUAUUACCUGCCACGGUGGCGCACUUUUACAAACGCGUACCUCGAAGCGCUCGGCUCUCGAACUGCAGUCAAUCAGACACGGUUGCAUGGACAGUUACUCGGUUGGGAAGAACAGCAGCAGCUCCGGUCAGGCUCUGGAUUGUCUGCGUUGCAAAGUCCACAAGGAUUGAAAGGCAUGUUGCAGAUGAUCCAGAGCGAUUGGUGUGGGUUCUUGAACUGUACCCGUACGAGGUAG